AAAUAGCUAGCGCUAGACGGUUGUAACUAAUAUAAAAAAUCCGAAAAUCAGUACGCAAAUUAAUAGGGAUGGGAUAUUGUAACUAACUUCAUAACGUGAAAUCCAUUAGCAAAUUACCACAAUGAAUACAUAUAUAUAAAGUCAAGCAGAACAGACAGAAAAACAGUGUUAUCUUGUGCUGUUAUCUUUAUUCGACGUUUUUAUCUGUAAAUCCGCAGUCAGUGUCGGCUGAGUUCAGUACAAACGGUAGUGUCGAACGAAAAGUUAUUGUGUUGCAUCCAGUUUUGUGAUAAAAAAUUGUAAAUAAGUGAAAUGUAUAAUAACGAAUCGCAAUUUAAUGAUCCUAAGGGGCAGGGUCAGCCCCCACCAUACACAGACACCCCUCCCUCAGACGCCAGGAACAUGCCAUACACAGACAACGCACCACCACCGAACGUACAGUAUGCCCAGCAACCACAGUACCCACCACCUCCCAUGAUGGCCAGACCAGGAGUGGUAUACCAAGGAAACGUGAACGUGGUGCCAGGAGUCAUACCUGUGGUUGUAGGACCUCAGAUGGGGCCCAAAGAGUCUCCUAUGACCUGCCCGUCUUGUAACCAUCAGAUUGUUACAAGGGUCGAAUAUAAGUCGAAUAUGAGGACUCAUUUGUUUGCUGCUCUGCUUUGUAUUGUUGGAUGCUGGCCAUGCGCUUUCGUUCCAUACUUCGUUGACAGUUGCCGUAAUGCAGACCAUUACUGUCCAAAUUGCAGCGCUUACAUCGGCAGUUACGUCAGCUAAAAUAAUAAACAUCUAUCUAGUGGCUUUCUUAAUUAAAAACACGUAAAAAGUAAAGCGAUAAGUGCCAAAAUUACAGUUACUUAUCUAUAUGUACCUAUAUGGUAAACGUGACUAUAGCAACGUAUUUAAAAUUAUUUAUUAUUUUAUCUAGGUAAAUAAUAAUAUAGUUAUUGUAUUUUUCGUUGCCUAUUCAAUGUCUAGAGGUAAUUGAUAUGAGUUUUUAUAAAUCGAUAUUUCAUCAUCCUUACUAGGUGUGUAGGUAAUGUUAAUGUUGUAAAUGUGAAGGUAACAGUUUUCCUGGCUUCCCGAUUUCACGCCAAAACCUCCGAGGUUUGUUAUACAGAUAGUCUAAAGUCUAAGAAGGGACCUAGAUUAUUCUUACAAGCAUAGUUCUCUCGGGUUGCAAGGAAUAGCUAGUCAUAUUUUUCAUUCGUAUUUUCAUAUAUUUAAUGUAAGAAAAGAAAAUACAUAUUUCUAUGAGUAGAUGUUUCAGCCUCGGUGUUGUAUCCUGAAGAUUAAACAUUUUAUUUUAUUAUAAAGUUGUAAAUAAAUAUUCUCUGAUUAUUAAAUAAGUUAAUUAAA